AUGUCAGCCACUAGUACCGUUCCUUCAGAUAUAGCAUCGACAUCAACCUCCUCCUGCAAUGUCAGCCAUACUAGUACCGUUCCUUCAGAUAUAGCAUCCACAUCAGCCUCCACUCCUGCAAUGUCAGCCACUAGUACCGUUCCUUCAGAUAUAGCAUCCACAUCAGCCUCCACUCCUGCAAUGUCAGCCACUAGUACCGUUCCUUCAGAUAUAGCAUCCACAUCAGCCCCUCCACCCUGCAAUUACCGUUCCUUCAGAUAUAGCAUCCACAUCAGCCUCCACCCUGCAAUGUCAGCCACUAGUACCGUUCCUUCAGAUAUAGCAUCGACAUCAGCCUCCACUCCUGCAAUGUCAGCCACUAGUACCGUUCCUUCAGAUAUAGCAUCCACAUCAGCCUCCACUCCUGCAAUGUCAGCCACUAGUACCGUUCCUUCAGAUAUAGCAUCCACAUCAGCCUCCUCCUGCAUUGUCAGCCACUAG